AUGGAAUUGUCGUCUUGGAAACCGGAGCAUGUGAACGUGGGCCACGGGAGCCCGGGCUCGUUCUCUGUGCUGAGGCGCUUCCAGCAGAGGUACUGGCAGACCAGGCAGACCCUCCUCACCGUGACCCGGCAGAGACAGGACGAGGGCGUGGUGGGCUCUGACGCUGAGCUGGACGCCAAAUUGGAGGUGUUCCACUGCAUCCAGAGGACAUGUAUGGAGCUCCUGAAGGUCAUCGAGCAGUACCAGAAGAAGCUCUGCGUGUUGUCGCAGGAGGAGGUGGAGCUGGGCCGCUUUCUGCGCUCUCAGGGCUCUCAGGACAGGACUCGAGCUGGAAAGAUCAUGCAGGCCACAGGGAAGGCUCUGUGCUUCUCCUCGCAGCAGAGAAUGGCCCUGCGCCCCCCCCUGCUGCGCCUGUACCAGGAGGUGGAAACAUUCCGGUACCGGGCCAUCUCCGACACGUGGCUGACGGUGAACCGCAUGGAGCAGAGCCGCACGGAGUACAGCGGGGCCCUGCUGUGGAUGAAGGAUGUGUCCCGAGAGCUGGACCCCGACACAGACAAUCACAUGGACCAGUUCAGGAGGGUUCAGGCUGAGGUGAGGAGCACCAAGAGCAGCUUCGACGGCCUCAGGAGAGACGUCUGUCAGAAGGUUGACAUGUUGGGCGCCAGCCGCUGUAACCUGCUGUCCCACCUGCUGACCGCCUACCAGAGCACGCUCCUGCACAUCUGGGGAAAGACGUCAAGGACGAUGGCUGCCAUCCACGAGAGCUUUGAGAGCAACGAGUCCACACAGGAGUCUAAGGGCCGAACGGAGACGAGGCGAAGGACCAAGACCAAGAGGAGACCGGUACACGGCAACGAGACGACCGAACAACAUCUCCCACCUGAAUAUGAACAGGAAAAGCUCGACACCAGAGAAGAGCAGGGAUCUAGGUCGCAGGCGGAGGGAGACGAGCUGGACAGUGUGGCUCUGCUCAAUGACAUCCUGGGGCCCCUGAGUCUGGACCCUGGGGACUGGAGUCAGGGUCCUUCAGCAGAGGAGGGAGAGAAGACAGAAGAGAGGGAGGAGAGGGAAAAGAGAAAGGAGAGGGAGGACUUCUUUCUCCCGUCUGAGCUGCUGGACCAGAGCUUGUCCACUCUACACGCUGCAGACGCCAGUGGACGUCCCAAGCCACUCACGGACUGGCUGAACCUGUUUGCAGACCUGGACCCACUAUCCAGACCAGAACAGCAGGAUCACAACGCUUAG